UUUCGCGUACUUCGCGCCUCGCGUUUUCGACGUAGCGGACUCCCUUUUCCCAUCGUGGGCUUCCAAGGGCUGUUGGCGGCCGGCGAGUUUUGGACGGUGCUUUAAAAAACUCGUGCUCUCCGGGCUUACCUCCUGCAGGAAUUUUCGUCGGCAUGGCCCUCUUUCGGUUACUCCCGUCUCGCACCGUCAUUCAAACUCAGAAAUGCCUCCCAGCGCUCUCCGUGUUCUCCAGGAAUAUCUCGGCAGACUCCACGGACCUGAAAGGCCUGAUGGCCAACAAGAUCAAGACAUUCCAGUCCCAGGUGAAGGAGUUCCGACAGAAAUGCGGCAGCCAGGUCGUCGGAGAGGUCACCAUUGACAUGAUCUACGGUGGCAUGCGAGGCAUCAAGGGCUUGGUGACGGAGACGUCUCAUCUGGACCCCGAGGAGGGCAUUGCCUUCCGUGACUAUUCGAUCCCACAGAUCCGCAAGCUGCUACCCAAGGCACCUGGCGGAGAGGAGCCCCUUCCCGAGGGCCUCUUCUGGCUCCUCCUUACGGGUGACAUCCCCACACCCGAGCAGGUGAAAUGGGUGUCCAAGACGUGGGCUCAGCAGGCAGACCUUCCCUCGCACGUGGUCACCAUGCUGAACAACUUCCCCUCGCACGUGCACCCCAUGUCCCAGCUGAGCUGCGCCAUCACCGCCUGCAACACCGAGAGCAAGUUUGUGCAGGCCUACAACAAGGGUGUGCCUAAGGCAACCUACUGGGAGCACACAUUCGACGACACGAUGGCUCUUCUGGCCAAGCUGCCCCCGAUUGCGGCCACCAUCUACCGCAACUUGUUCCGGGACGGCAGCAGCAUAGGUGCCAUCGACGUGUCCAAGGACUGGUCGGCCAACUUCACUGCCAUGCUGGGUUACGAUGACCCAAACUUCACCGAGCUCAUGCGCCUCUACCUGACCAUCCACAGUGACCACGAAGGCGGCAACGUGAGCGCGCACACGACCCACCUUGUGGGCAGUGCCCUGUCCGACCCGUACCUCUCUCUGGCCGCCGGCAUGAACGGUCUGGCCGGUCCUCUGCACGGCCUUGCCAACCAGGAGGUGCUGGUCUGGCUGACCAAGCUGCAGAAGGAACUCGGAGGUGAAGUGAGCGACGAGCAGUUGAAGGAGUUUGUGUGGAAGACCCUCAAGUCUGGACAGGUGGUGCCCGGUUACGGCCACGCUGUCCUGCGCAAGACAGACCCGCGCUACACGUGCCAGCGGGAGUUCGCGCUCAAGCACCUACCCAACGACCCGAUGUUCAAGCUGGUCUCGCAGAUCUACACCGUGGUGCCUCCCAUUCUCCUCGAGCUGGGCAAGGUCAAGAACCCAUGGCCCAACGUGGACGCACACUCCGGCGUCCUCCUGCAGUACUACGGCAUGAAGGAGAUGUCCUACUACACCGUUCUCUUUGGCGUGUCGCGCGCCCUGGGCGUCCUCUCGUCACUCAUCUGGGACCGUGCUCUGGGGCUGCCCAUCGAGCGACCAAAGUCCCUGACCACCGAGGGUCUCAUGAAGCUGGUUGGAUACAAAUGAACACCAAGCGACGAGGAAACAGCCCUCCACCUUUUUGUUCCCCCUCCCCGUCUCCUGUGCCUCCCUCACAGCAUCGCCAUCCCAUCACCGUGAACCACCAUGCUACUGCGAUUGUGCUUGUUCAUUAUUGUUUCGCGCUUCUUUACCCACAGCUUUUCUCCUAACGUUUCCUUCGCUAUUCUGUAGCGGCCCGUUCAUUUUCUCUCCAGCACUCUCUCACCUCUGCUGUUUCGUUUCCACAUUUGUUCGUUUUGUUGAAGAUGCAGAACUUGCGCUAGCGCAGAACUACCACAUUGCAGCCCAUUGCAGUGUUGACAUGAGUGCAAGCGACAAUCUUGGUCAACCUUAGAGUCCUUGCUGAACUGUCAGGAGCGAAGCUGGUCUCCCGAGUGGAAGUUCUGGUGCAUUUAGCAAUUUGAGGGCAAGCGACCCGCUUCGAACUUGCCCUACGUUUUGCAAGGUCUCCUUGGGGAUUGGGACGCUGAAUGACUGAAGUCCUUAUUAAGAAAUUCCCGCUAGUGUAUGUCCCUGUGUUGGCUAUUCGUAAGUUAUUGUGUCAUCGCAGUGGCGCCUGUUGACGUUUCAUAUAUUUCGCGGUGUGCUUGUUCUUCCCGUUGAUAGAUUACAGUUUGACCACUGUCUUAUUGUUAUGGUUUCCUUUCUUUAAUUGCUAAAUUAAUGUUGUUGCCUUUUUUGGUGACGUUUCUGUGAGUGCUGAACCACGAAGUCAGCACGUCUGUUGUCAGGCUACUCCAGUAUAGUUAAACUUUUCCUAGUGCUUGUAUGUGCUCGACCUGUGGAAUCAAAAUGAUUGGUACUUUAUUUUUUCUCUCUCGCAAAAGGGACGACAGACGCCAGUAUUCUGCUAAUAAUGAAUUGUGUGGCCUUUUGUGUUUGUUUUUCCUUUAUAUGCUUUUGCCUUUGUGCACGGAGUGAUAAUACAUGUAAACUUUGCACGUGCCUCUCCAUACAAAUAGUCAUUGAAACCGAACUGUGUGGCAAUUGAUGGUGACACAUAGACAUUGGCAGUCGACGUUACUGCAUGCUAGACAAGUUUUCAGUGUUGAUGUCUCUAGCAACCGAUUUCACCACGGCCACAGUCGAGAGACGGCCUCUGAGCCACGCAUUUCUUUUUCUUCCUCUCCUCACAGUGUACUAUCUUCAACAUCACAACAUUGUUGCAAGAGUGUGUGUGUGCGUGUGUGUGUGAACGUGUCAGCAGGUUGCAGUGGUGCCGAAUGUUCAUCGUACUUUAAUCUGCCUUUCUUUUGUCACGCGAUUUGCUUUCUUCUGGCGAGCCUACAUUUCAUAGCCGAGGCAAAUUGACAGAUGCGUACGCCAUCGCCACACGUGCACGUCGUCUGGUGCACAUUGCAUCGUCUGCUUCGAGGCAAGGACAGGGGCAAAACUUCCGCGAACCAUUCAUGUGUCCUUCUUAACAUCGUUGCACUAGCAGCAAUUUUCGGCUCUCCUUCUCAUUGCUCAAGGGCAGCAGGUUUCUUUCUGUGCUUUUCAUAAAUACGUACUACGCGCAACUAUGUAACGGGCCUUGGAGUCUCUCUUGUCGGGUGGAAAGGUGGGCACGUUGUUUCCUUUUUCUUUCACCACAUUGACCUGUUCCCGAAGACCCAGCAUCCAGCGUUGCACUCGUGUCGAGUCCGGUGAGAUCACCUUGCGCAAAAUGAGCUGGAAGUUGGGUCUUCCGGUUGAGCAGCUUUUCGUGACACUGCCAGAGGUGUUUUUGAGUCCCAGUGAUUCGUGUGACGUACGUGCUCCAGCCUCGUCAUCUAGUGCCGGGGGUCGAAGCGUAUGCCGCACCCCUUGUACUAAAAAGUGGCAGCAAUUACGGCAAUGCCCCUCUCGUCGACUGUCGCGCCUGGCUGCCGAGUGUUAUUUUUAGAGGGAGUGUAUCUUAUGGCUAAAGAGACGAUGUUAGAGACAGUUGUGAGUGUUUUAACUUAUUUGUAAGCAGUCCAGUUUCUUUCCUCUUGCAACACUUUGUCUUUGGAGAUAUGGGAUAAUAGCUUUUUUUUUUUUUUUGUAUGGUUGUGUAUCCGUAUACAUAGUAUAAAUAGCCCAGCCUGGAAAAUGAGCCAGCAAUACUACCAAGCAAUGAAAGUUAACAACAGUAGGCCCUCUUUAAAGAGAGUGCAGGACGCUGUAAUUAGAAGAAUGACGUGUAAAUGGAAAGUGAUGCAAUGUCUAUUCCAUUCAGUGUGAUAUCUGGAAAUAAAUGGUACAGAUAAA